AGGCCAAGAAAGAAUGGGAUUAGUAAGCGAACAAGCGGUGGACAGACUGUGCAAACAUUUUCUCCAUAUGGAACUGGAACCGGGGAAUCUAAAUGAUGCGUGCGUGGAUCGGCGAUCAAGAGAUCAGGGCGAGAUAGUAUACGAUAUACUCAUGGACAUCAUCUCUCUGACUCGCACACUCUCUUCGAGCUCCAUUCUCGGUCACUUUUGAAGGCAGAGCGGCCCAUAUAAUACCAUAAAUAUUAUUGAAAACUUUCAGUUCGCUUUCGACGCUCGUCGCGUGUCUAUGACGAAAUCCAUCCAUAGUGAGCUCGUUUUCCGCGCAAUCUGAGUCGAAUCCGCAUCACUAUCAGUGCUGGAUGUAAAAUAAUUGAACUAUUAAGGCAAGCGUUACUUCGGAAUUACUUCGAUUGCAUUUGAGUGCUAAAUAAAAUAUAAUAACAAUGCCGAAUCCGCCAAUUGGAUUUUAUCCCCAUAUCAAAAGAAGGUGCCUACAGGUGGCGACGAAUGUGACCGAGCAGAAGCACCAUGUCACCAGAGAGACGCGCGGCAAGAAUCUGGGACUCUGUCGAGGAUUCCGAGGAUGCACGGUGUGGCUGACUGGCCUCAGUGGCGCUGGAAAGACCUCGAUUGCCUUCGAGCUGGAGGCGUACCUGGUAUCCCGGGGCAUUCCGGCCUACGGACUGGACGGCGACAACAUUCGCACCGGACUGAACAAGAACCUGGGCUUCACGCCCGCCGAUCGCGAGGAAAACAUUCGCCGCGUGGGCGAGGUGGCCAAGUUGUUUGCCGACAGCGGAGUGGUGGCCAUCUGCAGCUUCGUUUCGCCCUUCGCCGACGAUCGUGAGAUGGCGCGCAAGAUCCACAAGGAUGCGGGUCUGAAGUUCUUUGAGAUAUUCGUGGACACUCCGCUGGAUGUGUGCGAGACCCGGGACGUGAAGGGUCUAUACAAGAAGGCGCGCGAGGGCGUGAUCAAAGGAUUCACGGGCAUCACGCAGGAGUACGAGCGACCCCAGAUGCCGGAGCUGGUGGUCAACACGCACGGCUACACGGUGCGCGAGUCCACUCAGAAGCUGGUGACGCUGCUCGAACAGGAGGGCAUUAUUCCGCGCUCGCUGCGCGACGUAGACCUGCUGCCGGAGCUUUAUCCCAGCGAAUCCAUUGCCACGGAGGCACUGCGUCACGAGGCCGAGUCGCUGCAAGCCAUCGAAAUCAGCACCGUGGAGCUGCAGUGGGUGCAAGUACUGGCCGAGGGAUGGGCAUAUCCACUGCGCGGCUUCAUGCGCGAGGAUGAGUACCUGCAGACGCUGCACUUCAACACACUUCAGAGCGGCAUGGACGGUUCCUAUCGCGAGAACCACUCGGUGCCCAUUGUUUUGAGCGCCACGCAGGCGGACAAGGAUAGGCUGGACGGCUGCUCCUCGCUGACUCUCAAGUACCAAGGCAAGGCGGUAGCCAUUCUGCGGCGUCCCGAGUUCUACUUUCAGCGUAAGGAGGAGCGGCUGGCCCGCCAGUUCGGCACCAGUAAUCCCAAUCACCCGUACAGUAAGCAGGUCUACGAGUCCGGGGAUUAUUUGGUCGGCGGCGAUCUGGCAGUGAUCGAGCGUAUCCGUUGGGAGGACGGACUGGAUCAGUACAGGCUGACUCCCAACGAGUUGAGGCGCCGCUUCAAGGAGCUCAAUGCCGACGCCAUCUUCGCCUUUCAGUUGCGCAAUCCCAUCCACAAUGGCCAUGCCCUGCUCAUGCAAGACACUCGCCGCCAGCUGCUGGAGCGCGGCUUCAAGCAGCCAGUGCUGCUGCUGCAUCCUCUGGGUGGCUGGACCAAGGACGACGAUGUGCCGCUGGAUGUGCGCAUGAAGCAGCACCAGGCCGUGCUCGACGCAGGUGUCUUGCGACGAGAGGACACGGUGCUGGCCAUCUUCCCCUCGCCAAUGAUGUACGCCGGUCCCACGGAGGUGCAGUGGCACGCCAAGGCGCGCAUGAACGCCGGCGCGAACUUCUACAUUGUAGGCCGCGAUCCGGCUGGCAUGCCGCAUCCGGCCAAGGAAACUUAUCCGGAUGGAAACCUAUACGAUGCCACCCAUGGUGCGCGAGUGCUUAAGAUGGCUCAGGGACUUGACAGCAUGGAGAUCCUGCCCUUCCGUGUUGCCGCCUAUGACAAGACCGCCAGUAGAAUGGCCUUCUUUGAGCCCAAGAGGAAGGAUGAGUUUGAGUUCAUCUCGGGGACCAAGAUGCGCACUCUGGCCAAAACGGGAGCCCGUCCGCCGGAUGGCUUCAUGGAACCGGAGGCGUGGCGCAUCCUGGCCACCUACUACCAGAACCUGCCGCAGUCGUAACCCGCUGCCCACACUCGAUCCGCAACGUGCAAUUCCUCCUAGUUAUAGCUUGUGUGCUUAUUAUAAUUAUAUAUUUCAAGCUAAAGGCGCUUUCCACUUACCACAUCUUUUUUCCAUCGUUCUAAGCCCAAAUCCGUGGCUGUCCCCGUGUGUGAAUGUUGUGCUCCUCCUAACUAAAUGUUCGUAUCGUACAAUCUACUUGUAUCUACACUUAAGUCACCCAAUUCUUUUUAUCUUAAGCAAAAUGUCGUGCAGCUAUUUUGUGGACGGUUUUUAAUACAUAUAUAAAUAAUAAAAUAGCAAAUUACUUAUUAAA